AAUUUCUGCAAUGCAUGAUGACACUCACAGUGACCAAUCAGAUUCUUACAGUAAGACUCACUUGCAUGCUGACAGGAACAUAAUGCAUGAUACUGGUAAACAGCAAGCCUCCCCUUUAACUGCAUCCCCUGUUUUGGUUCCACCUCAAAAAGACUACCUUAAGAGUAUCCAUUCACCGCAACCAAUGUAUCCCCCAUUCUCUUUUAUGCCUUCUCCGCAUGCAUACUCCCAAAUACCGUAUUACUCGCAUCUUGAUAAUCAAUACCCCUUCCAAGAGUCUUACCCUUUCUACAAUAAAAGCAGUUCCUUUAAUAGUUCCUUGCCUCCAUUUUCCACCAAUCCUGUAUCUUCCCCUCAACCGACGCCAAACCCUGAAACUAAUGCUCCAUCAACCAAAGAACUGAACACAGGCAGCUUAAUUAAAGACAGUUUGUCUGUGGCAGAAUAUGACACAUAUGGCACCUGCCAGGAGUGUGUCCUGAAAGACACACAGCUAGAGUCCUUGACUGAGGCUAAUGAAAAGGCACAAACUGACAUUCAAGCACUUCAUCAACGAAUCAGGGAGUUGGAGGGGGAAAUAGCAAACAUUAGACAAAGCCGUCAGGAGGAAAGUCAUCGGAGACAUGAGGAGCCUGUAAAUCACUACAGUCCAGCCAGAGGUCCCCAAAUAGAGCUGUGCAGAUUUGAAAAUGUUCCACUAGAGCAGACCCCGCCAGCUGAUAUGAUGAGGCUGGCAGAUGGGGAGCUCCUCUGUGUGCCAAACACCUGGAUGAGCAGGAUCCUUGCCAUAUCUAGGGGGAAGGGGCCGGCUUUUCGAUUAAAGAAAAUGAUCGAUGGCUUUUUCGAACCUGAAGACGUGCAAGGAAGGAAGGCCAAGGAGUUGGGAAACAGCCAUCCGAUUAUGAGAGCCAUCAAAUUGUAUGCCUUCCAAGAGCUGAAAAUGAAGGAAACAACUUUUAUCCACGAGCUGAACAGCAAGCUGAACAGCUUCAGAAGAGUUAUUAAUCUGAAAAGGAAUGAAAAAAGAGACUGAAGUGAACUUUAUUUUGAUGUUUGAAUUUAAACAUUUGCUGGAACACUUAUUUGUAAUGGCUGUACGUGUUAUAAAUGGUUGGAAUGACACUCUGCAGUAUGUGUCGUGACUGUUUUUUAUGGGUAUUAGUUCUGAUACCAUAUUUGCCUUAUAUUUGGAAUUAAAAAUGUGUUUAAUUUGAAAAAUUUGUUAAUUAUCUGUUUGCAGUUUUAAAUUACCCCAGUUGCUAUUAUUGUUACCAUGUACUCUAGGUAGCUCUAUUUAUAGACAAAAAAAGUAGCCGCUACUAGGUAGCAGGAAGGUAGCCGCUACUAGGUAGCCAGAAAAGGUAGCCGCUACAAAGCCAGAAAAGGUAGCCGAAAGGAAGCCGCUACAUAGCCGCUACUAAGUAGCCGGAAAGCUAAUUUGCAUACGAAAAACUACCUAGCCGCUACUCAGCCGCUACUAGGUAGCCAGAAAAGGUAGCCGCUACAAAGCCAGAAAAGGUAGCCAGAAAAGGUAGCCGCUACAUAGCCGCUACUAAGUAGCCGGAAAGCUAAUUUGCAUACGAAAAACAACCUAGCCGCUACUCAGCCGCUACAGGUAGCGGCUGAGUAGCCGCUAUGUUGCAGCUUGGUAGCCGCUAUAGGUAGCCAGAGGCCUCAUAUUUCUG